AUGUCGUCAAUCGCACGGCCUCCAGAUCCAUGCCUGGUGGCAAUAAUUCUCAUAGUUCGCUCACGUACCGGCCCGCGCCUCGUCUUCCAUUACCCUCCGAACCCCCUCAGCGAGAACCGCCUCAAGACCACCACGAAGGGCGGCCGUCGCAUCUCCCGCACUCGCACCCGACAGGGAUCCAAGAACACCGAUUCGAGUUCCAGCGAUGACAGUGGACUGAGCUCCGACGAGGACGAGGAGGAGCGAGAACUCCAAAACCAGAGCCAGAGCCAGAGCCAGUCUCACGGCCAGAUUCAUGGCGGAGGUGCGAGUUCCGUAUUGGCGGGUCGCAGGGCAAGCAAUUUCGCCCUUGAUGAACUUUUAUUAAAUGCCACAUCGCCCGCGGCUGGCGAUACUCAGAGACCUGGAUCACUAGGCUCUGGACGGGGCUCCUCAAUGCGCAAACGCGGCGGAGCUGGCUCUGAUCCGGAGGAAGACGGUGGGACAUCUGACCGGCCUGACGAUGGCCCCGGAAGCUCUAGACCACCCUGGGAGUCAAUUUUGGGCGUCCCCGGGAGUGUGUGGGAGAAACUUUUGAGCCCUUCGCGCUCAUGGCACAAGCGGCGGUUUGAGGUUGGGAUCAACGACCUCGCGCUUAUCGGGUGGCCCGUCUUCGUGCGAGAGGAUGGAACAUGGCGCAAGCAAAGGCGCAAGAAAACGAAGAAGCCGCGCCCUGACUGGGAUGGGGGAGAGCUAGGCCACAAUGAGAAUGCCGAUGAUGGCCCAAAAGACGAACGCUUCACGAUGUCUCCUGAUUUGGGUGCCAGUGUUGCUUCUAUUGCGGAUUCCUUGAUAUCGCCCACAGACAGUAAACGGGGAUCGACGAGCGGGAGACCUGGGAAACCAGAUGAGACCUUUGACCCCGAUGACAAGGAUCAUAUGACGAUGUUCAAUGUGGUGUUUGUCGUGGACCCGCCCUUGUUGGAGUACUCAAUGCGCGUGAAGGAAAUCUAUGACAACAUCAUCAAGAAGUUCGCCAAAGCACUCAAAUGGGAGCAAGCUCGCACCGACUAUGUCUGGAAAGAGUCCCAGCAUAUCUUACAGGUCCGACGCAGGGCCAGAGAGACGAAAACCUCGACCCAUAACCUUUAUUCCGAAUUGAUAUCUCAAUCCUCGCUGGCUCGGGCCAUAUACACCGUCUACAGCAGCAUAUCGGCAUCCAAAAUUGCAUCAGUGUCGCUUAGCCCAGAUGUCUCCAUCUCGCUGCAAAUUCCACCUCUAACUUCUACACCAUGCCUCGCUGGCCCCAUGGACAAAUCGUACCCGGGCCUAUGGCUGACAACGGCAGACAGUGCCACUCCGGCCGACGACCCUGGAGCCGAUGAGAAUAACACGCCCCAUCAAGUCCUGGCAAAACAUUUUGCUCUGCUACUGCUAGAUAGCGAAGCUGCCAUCAUUAAAGAUGUCGAGGCCUCCGGUGGAGCGCUUGCUCCUGCACUUGCACACUACAUCCGAUGCUCGAAACCGACUAAGUCAUUCGCGCAAAUAUCAGCGUCCUCGGGAAUCCCCCUAGCGCACAUCCAAAUGCUCUCAAGCCACCUUGUAUACUGGCGGCGUGCUCGUGCGAUCCCACCAAUUCACCAGAGAGACACCUAUAUUGUUUCUCCAAAUUGCGAUCUCAGCAAGCUAGAGAUAGCCACUGUUGCUUACCAGACAGCAUUCCCGACAUACCCAAGCUUGCCCAAGAUGUUGUCUACGCUCAGUGGCACCCCACGCCCAUACAGCAACUUCAUACCCAGCAAAGACCACAAAGAGAUUUACUUCACCAUUCUGGCGUGGUUGCUACGUGGUGGCUGGGUCACCCAGCUCCGCACCUUUGCGCGCAUCAAAGUCUCACCUGAGAUCAAAAUGGCCGUGGAGCUUGCCCUACGGAAGGAGGAGGUCGACCGGUAUCUGGCAAAGGGCGCCUCAAACUCUCUUUCAAUCGAGUCAGGAAGCGACCACGAGGAAGCUGGCGACGCACAUUCUUCCUCGUCAUCUUCACUCGAAAGUCAGGAGAGCGGAGAAGAAACGCCCAUGCCUGGCCGCACCGACCCACACGCCCAACUUCGUUUCUCCCACAAGCUCCUUGACCGAUCCACGGCCCUACGCCUAUCCUCCUUCAUUCUCUCUCCACACCGGGCCUCUCCCUUGGAAUCCCGCUGGUUGGACGAGAUUGUCCGCCGAUUCCCCGACAAUCCCGGGAUCGAGCAGGAUGAGGCGAACACCAGCCCGGAUAUCACGCCCAACGAUAUCCAGACCAUCCACAAGAAGUACUGGCCUGUCUUCCUGAAGUACUUCAAUGGCCUUGAUGCACUGGAGAAGAUCUCUGUGCGUGAGAACCUUAAGCGCAAGCUGGUCUGGCAGGUUCUCAUGCGAUUGGGCCUGGUGACUGGACCACUGGGAUCGAUUGAUCUUGACGCUCGCGAGCAGGUCUUGGUUAGCGUUCGACACUGGUAG